GAGUUUUAAUACUUUCAACGCUACUAUAUAACAAAUAAUUUGAGGAAAAGAUGGUGGGAAUAACAGAAGGGCUUCUGCCACCAAAUGUUACAAUUGGUUACUCAAUUCACAAGUGGAGUAGUUACGCUGGUGACUAUCAUCCUUCAAAGAUUCUAUUAGAUGAUCCCUCUGAUCAAAUGUCACGCUGGCAAUCUGGGAGCAACUUUCCUCCGCAGUACUUAACUUUGAAACUUGACAGACCUUCAGUUAUUCGAAAAAUCACCUUUGGAAAGUUUCACAAAAGCCAUGUAUGCAAUCUAAAAAGUUUCACAAUAUUGGGUGGCAUGUCAGAAGAAGGAAUGGUUGAACUCGGCAAGAAGGGAUUAACAAACAAUUCUAAACCUGAAACAUUUGAUCUAGACGAUGCGUUUCAUGGUAAUUACUUUCCAAGCUCAUAUAUUAAGAUAGUCCCUGAUACGACCUGGGGGCCGGCCGCAUUGAACUUCAGUAUCUGGUACGUGAGGCUAUCUGGCGUGUCAGACCCCCUAUAUGUCAACCCCUGUAUUCAGUUUUUCACAAACAGACGUCAGGAAAGAGCAAUUAAGCUCUGCUUGAAACACCUCCGCCAGCACAAUUACAGCGAAGCUUUUGAGUCUCUGCAAAAAAGAACGAAAGUCCAGCUUGAGCACCCCAUGCUAACACAACUCCAUGAAAAGCUCGUGGGUUCUGGGGAUUUCGAUGAAGUGGAAGUUCUGUUAGACCAUGCAUUUCACGACGGGUACAUGGAGGAUUAUACAAGCAAGCAAUACUCAGCUAAAUGGGAGCAGAUCCAUGUUCCAGACGGUUCUCCAAGACCCGGUAACCGUGGUGGUCACCCCAUGUGCAUCGACGAAACAGCCGGCAAAGUAUACCUCUUUGGUGGUUGGGACGGUAAAAAUGACCUGGGAGAUUUUUGGGAAUAUAACAGUUCAGCAAACACAUGGCAGUGCAUUUCAGCAGACACUGAGAUUAAUAGUGGGCCCUGCCGUAGGUCCUGUCAUAAAAUGGUGCUGGAUUCCAAGCACAAGUUAAUCUACAUAUUGGGCCGGUAUUUGGAUGUUAGAGCGCGAGUUAACAUGGAGUUAAAGAGUGAUUUCUAUUGUUAUGAUAUACAGUGUGAUCAGUGGAACUUGAUAAGUAGUGAUACUGGAUCAGAGGGAGGUCCCAGCCUGAUAUACGAUCAUCAAAUGGUCCUCGACUCAGACCUUCAGACUAUCUACAUUUUCGGUGGGAAAAUACUGAACAACAGUGGAAUUAGAUCGGAAGCAGAAUACAGCGGGUUGUACAAAUACCACAUUCCAUCUAAUGUGUGGACUGUACUAAAACCUGACAAUGACCUCAUGUUAAGGUCGAGAUUCGGACAUUCUAUGCUGUACCAUCCUGAUAAAAAGCAACUGUUUAUCUUUGCUGGACAGAGGGAGCACUUCCUUGAUGAUUUCCUUGUGUAUAACACGCACAAUGAUACGGUAGAAGAGGUCAUGUGCGUGGAUGAGACCAAGGUACCGGAGAGCGGGUUCACAAUGCGCGCUACAAUAGACACCCAGCACCAAGAGAUUCACAUGAUGUCAGGUCUGAGCAAGGACCACAGGAACGGGAGUAAGGAUUACACUGAUGCUAAGACGAAGAUAUACGUGUAUAGUUUGAAGAGGAACAAGUGGAAUGAGGUAGGAAAGAACGCAGGGUGUACAGAACCAGAACCGUGUCCCAGAUUCGCUCACAUGUUGGUUUACGACAGUAGGAAAAAACUACAUUACAUGUUUGGAGGUAAUCCAGGAGCAGGUAAUCCUAUGGAACGUGGUACAGAUAUGGACAGGAGAUUGGACGAUUUCUGGUGUCUUCGGAUAAAGAGGCCAGCCUUUGGAGAUAUGAAGCGGGCUCUUCAGUUCCUCGUAAGGAAGUUCAAGUUCCGAGAUAUGAGUCUACGAGAUCCUGUUGGGGCACUCCUCUACCUCCAGCAACAUGUUGAGGAGGUUGUUGACCACAGCAACAAAGAAGAAGAACACCAAUUCCAGAAGCUGGUAGUCAGCGUGUUUGAUAACAGUUCCCAGCGGGACACGUACACCAUACGUACUGAACUGUUUGAUGUGCUGAUGGCCUACUUCCCUGAGAGCAUGUCUCAGCCUAAAGAUAAUCUCACUGAUUAUGUCCCUCCUGUUUAAUUACCAGGCAAAAUAACAGAUAAUAUUAUUGCCAAAGAAGAAGACUUUGUGACGAACAGAUGAUUGUUGAUGAUGAGAGACUCUCCCUGGUAUUAGUUAGCUUUAGGUGGUAAUUAGCAGAUCAAUUAGCGCGGUAAUUAGCAGAUCAAUUAGCAUAUCAAUUAGCGUGGUAAUUAGCAGGUAGAUAAGAUUAAAGAUUGUAGUAAACUAUUUAAAUACCAGCUGUAGCCUGUAAUGCACUGUACUAUUGGCCGCAGAGCCACACUUUGACUUAAGUACUGAUACCUCUCCAACAAGACCUGACAAUUUUACAAGGCCAAAAGAGAUAAAGCCUGAAGUAAGUUUGAUAGCAGUGAUACAGAGUUAUUUAUAACUAGGUAAUGUAGCGUAAUAAUUCA